CCUCACCCAACGACUCGAUUAUAAAGCUUGGUUGGAACUCACCAGAGUCGCCGCCAAAAUGGAAGCAAUCAAGCAAGUCUUUGCACGAUGCAAAGAUGAACAACGUGCAGCGUUGAUCACGUAUAUGACCGCAGGUUUCCCCUCUGUCGAGGAAACCCCCUCGAUCAUGCUCGCCAUGCAAGCUGGUGGUGCAGACAUCAUCGAACUUGGAAUCCCUUUCACAGACCCCCUCACAGAUGGCACGACCAUCCAAAACUCUAACGCUGUUGCCCUCCAAAAUGGUGUUCGAAUUCCAACCAUGCUCUCAAUGGUCCGCGAGGCACGUAGCCUCGGACUGACUACACCUGUCAUGUUCAUGGGCUACUAUAACCCCGUACGCGCAUACGGUGAAGAGAAGAUCAUUCGUGAUUGUCGAGACGCAGGUGUCAAUGGAUUCAUUAUUGUUGAUCUACCCCCCGAGGAAGCUUUGCGGUUUAGAGAAUUGUGUCGACGAGAUGGGCUAUCUUAUAUUCCACUUGUCGCACCCGCAACACCAGACUCCCGUAUGAAAAUGCUUUGCGAGAUAGCUGAUUCAUUUAUCUACGUUGCUUCUCGAAUGGGGGUGACCGGUGCCACCAAGUCCCUAGGCCAAGGUCUAGAGGGUCUUCUUGCACGAGUGCAUAAAUACACCAACAAUAGAAUCCCCGCCGUUGUGGGCUUCGGUAUCAAUACUCGGGAGCAUUUUAUCAAUGUGGCCAAUAUCGCGGAGGGUGUUGUUAUUGGGAGCAAGAUUAUUACUGUUGCGCGAGAUGCCGAACCAGAUACUGCAGCGGAGAAGGUGAAAGAUUAUUGUAUGUAUGUGAGUGGACGGAAGGAGGCGAGGAACAUAGAAGUUCCUGCUUCUACUGCUACUCCUACUUCUGCUCCCAGCUCAGCGGGUGAGAUGCAUGCAUCGACUCCGGCCGAUACCCCAGAGACCAGCACAACCGACAACUACAUGCGCUUCGGCCAAUUUGGUGGCCAAUACGUCCCAGAAGCCCUAAUGGAAUGCCUCACCGAGCUUGAAACAGGCUUCAAAAACGCCAAAGCCGAUCCAGCCUUCUGGGCCGAGAUCCGAUCUUACGCCGCAUACGCCAACCGCCCUUCCAGCCUCCACCUAGCGUCACGUUUAACCGCCCACGCAGGCGGUGCCCGUAUCUGGCUAAAGCGUGAAGACCUCAACCACACAGGAAGUCAUAAGAUCAACAACGCACUCGGACAGAUCAUUCUCGCACGCCGACUAGGCAAAACAGCUAUCAUUGCGGAGACAGGCGCCGGUCAACACGGUGUUGCUACAGCGACUCUAUGUGCACUCUUCGGAAUGAAGUGUACCAUCUUCAUGGGUGCCGAAGACGUGCGCCGACAGGCCUUGAACGUUUUCCGGAUCCGCUUACUCGGCGCGACUGUUAUCCCUGUUCCUGGUGCUCAUGAAGGCGAGAAGGGAACGUUGCGGGAUGCUGUGAAUGCGGCAUUCAGGACUUGGGUUACUGAUCUCAAGACAACGCAUUUCGUUAUCGGAUCCGCCUUCGGUCCGUACCCGUACCCGACUAUUGUACGGACAAUGCAAUCUGUUAUUGGGGAGGAGACUCGGUCGCAGUUUAUGGAGGAGAUGGAUGGGAAACUGCCUGAUGCGCUGGUAGCUUGUGUGGGUGGUGGAUCAAACGCCGCGGGAAUGUUUUAUCCAUUCCUUAAAGAUGAGGGUGUUGCUUUUGUUGGUGUCGAAGCCGGUGGGGACGGAGUUGAUGCGGGCAGACAUGCUGCUACUCUGGGACGGGGAAGUGUUGGUGUCCUCCAUGGUGUCAGGACUUAUGUGCUUCAGGAUGAUGAUGGGCAGAUUACCUCUACCCAUUCUGUGUCUGCUGGUCUGGAUUAUCCUGGCGUUGGACCUGAGUUAUCUGCAUGGAAGGAUACUGGUCGAGCGAGAUUCAUUGCCGCUACUGAUGAGGACGCGCUUGAUGCAUUCCAGUUGCUUAGCCAGACCGAGGGAAUUAUUCCUGCAUUGGAGAGUUCGCAUGCUGUUGCAGGUGCGGUUCGGGUUGCCAAGGAGCUUGGACCUGACAAGGAUAUUGUUAUUUGUCUGUCUGGAAGAGGUGAUAAGGAUGUGCAGACUGUGGCGGCUAUGUUGCCUUCUUUGAUGCCAGAGGGAGUGUAG